UGCUUAGCCUUUGUUUUUGUCUGUUUGCAGUGUUCUCUUUCCCCACUAGAACGGUGUCUUUUCUGUGAGCUCUAAUGGCGACGUUCAUUUCUGUCCCGUUGAAGAAGUCCUCGGAGGUCGACCUAGUGAAACCGUUGUCAAAAUUUGUAACAGCCACCUACCCUCCCGGCGAGGAGCAGGCAGAGUAUCUCCGUGCCGUGGAGGAGCUCAAUAAGCUCCGUAAAAGUGUUCUUGGGAGGCCGCUGGACAAACACGAGAGCUCGCUGGAAAUCCUGCUGCGAUAUUACGAUCAGCUCUGUGCAAUCGAAUCCAAAUUUCCCUUUCCAGAGCUAUGCCUGACAUUCACAUGGAAAGAUGCCUUUGAUAAAGGAUCACUUUUUGGAGGCUCAGUCAAGCUUGCCUUGGCAAGUGUGGGCUAUGAGAAGACGUGCGUUUUGUUUAAUGUGGGGGCACUGGCCAGUCAGAUUGCUUCUGAGCAGAAUCUCGACGAUGACGAAGGACUGAAGUCUGCUGCCAAGUUCUACCAGCUGGCGAGUGGUGCAUUUGCUCAUAUAAAGAAUACAGUGCUAUCUGCACUAAAUCGAGAGCCCACGAUGGACAUCUCCCCCGAGACCGUGGGCACGCUCAGUCAGAUCAUGCUCAGCCAGGCACAAGAGGUCUUUGUUCUCAAGGCCACCGCAGAUAAGAUGAAGGACGCCAUCAUUGCUAAACUUGCCAAUCAGGCUGCUGAUUACUAUGGUGAUGCUUUUAAGCAGUGUCAGUACAAAGAGAAUCUGCCUAAGGAAGUGCUUCCUGUCCUCGCUGCCAAGCACUGUAUGAUGCAGGCUACCGCAGAGAUGUACCAGUCAGCCUUGGCCAAUCAGAAGAAAAAAUUUGGAGAGGAGAUUGCUCGGCUACAGCAUGCCACAGAGCUGGUGAAGACAGCGGCAUCCCGAUACGAUGAGUAUGUGAAUGUAAAGGAUCUGUCCGAUAAGAUCAACCGUGCCCUCACAGCUGCAAAGAAAGACAAUGACUUCAUAUACCAUGACCGUGUGCCAGAGGUAAAAGACCUGGAACACAUUGGCAAGGCAUCUCUUGUCAAAGCAACUGCAGUUCAGGCACCGCUCAGCCAGAAAUUCACAGAUCUAUUUGAAAAGAUGGUUCCGAUGGCAGUGCAGCAGUCAGUGAGUGCAGCCAAUUCCAAGAAGGCUGACACAGUAAACAGACUUGUAGGCAGCCUGAGAGAAGCAACAAAUCUCUGCAAUGGGGUACUGGCAUCUCUGAACCUCCCCGCCGCGCUGGAGGAUCUGUCAGGAGACUCCGUCCCUCAGUCCAUCCUGGAGAAGAGCCGUGCUGUCAUACAGCAGGGCGGCCUGCAGAGCAUCGAACAGCUGAUUAAAGAUCUGCCGGAACUACUUCAGAGAAACCGUGAGAUCCUGGAUGAGUCUUUAAAGAUAUUAAAUGAUGAGGAAACGACAGACAAUGAACUCAGAGCCAAAUUCAACCAGCGCUGGGCCAGAACUCCAUCUGGAGAUCUCUAUAAAUCCCUCAGAGCAGAGGGAAAUAAUUUUCGCAGUAUACUGGACAAGGCAGUGCAGGCUGAUCAGGUGGUAAAAGAGCGUUACAAUUCACAUUGUGAGAUGAUUGUUUUGCUCUGCAAGCCAGAGAAUGAGCUCAGUUCUGCCAUACCAUCAGCCAACCCUGCCAAGACUUUGCAGGGUAGUGAGGUUGUGAAUGUGCUGAGAGCUCAGCUGGCACAGCUGGAUGAGGUGAAGAGGGAAAGGGAUGUUCUGGAGGGAGAGAUUAAGUCAGUGACCUUUGACAUGACAACAAAGUUCCUUACUGCACUGGCGCAAGAUGGAGCCAUUAAUGAGGAGGCCUUGACAUCCGGCGAGCUGGACACACGCUAUGGUGCUCACACACAACAUGUCCAGCAGAAUUUACGCAGACAGGAGGAACUGCUGUCUCAGAUACAGGUGUCUCAUCAGGAGUUUUCAGCACUAAAGCAGUCCAACUCUGAGGCCAAUAACAGGGAGGAGGUGUUGAAGAAGCUUGCCUCAGCCCAUGAUAGCUACAUUGAGAUCAGCAGCAAUAUCAAAGAAGGCACUAAGUUCUACAAUGAUCUAACUGAGAUCCUGCUGAAGUUUCAAAAUAAGUGUAGUGACAUUGUUUUCGCCCGCAAAACUGAAAGAGAUGAACUGCUCAAGGACCUGCAGCAGAGCAUUGCUCGUGAGCCGAGUGCUCCUUCAUUCAAUGUUCCAUCAUACCAGUCCAACACCCCCGCACCUGUUCCUGCUGCAGGAGGCCCUACCCCUGCACCCAGGACUGUGUUUCAGCAGCAGCAGCCUCAGGCUAAGCCCCAACCCCCAGCAAGACCACCACCCCCUAACAUCCCUACACAGGCAGCCAGUGCUUCAGUUCCAGUCAGCAAUCCAGUGCCCCCCAGUAGUGCAAAUCAUCCACCUGUCGCACCAACCAGUGGACCUUCACAGGCUCAAGGACCCCCCUACCCCUCUUAUCAAGGCUACCCAGGGUAUUACCAGAUGCCGAUGGCCUAUAACCCUUAUGCUUAUGGGCAGUUUAAUAUGCCCUGUCUGCCCUAUCAAGCCCAAGGUCAGGUCGGAUACCCUGGAGUCCCACCUGCACAGCAGCCCUACCCCUAUCCCCAACAACAACAACCACCACCACAGCAGCAACAGCCCUAUUACCCUCAACAGUAGAGCACUGUUACCACCAACAACUCUCUACUACUACAGCCACACUCUUUCCUGUUAACAAGCACUCCUCUUACUUGCACUUAACCAUUAACACGCCUGAACUCGCACUCUCUAUACCUUUAACAUCUGUUCUUUCUCUGGGCGGAGUUUAGAACUUCAAGCCCCGCCCUCCUCUCUGGUAGGUGGAAUUUCAGUGCCAUGGUUCACAGACAGGUGUGUUCAUAGAUGGAAGAUCUGAUCUUUUUCUCUCUCUUUUUUUCUCUUUUGUCUGUCUUACUCUUUAGCCCAAAGUGAAGCUGCUGGCUGCCUGCCACUACUUAUAUCUUAUUUUUGUAAUGAAUACUGACAUAUAAUCUAAUGCAAGAUCUGUUAGUGAUUUCUUACCUUGAGGAUGAUCAUUUCAUUGCUGGGAGAAAAACUGUGUUUAUGUCUUACUGUAACCCGAAUAGUAAUAUUAUACCUCCUUCUGUUCAGUCUACAAUCAUUGCCUUGUGAAGGGAACAGUUAAACAGAAUAGAAAAUUGAUUUUUCACUAAAAUAAUUCUUUUUUGUUUUUCUUUUGUUUUCAUGUGAUUAAAACUGUCCGAUAUUAAAAGCUGCCGCCUCAUUCUUUCUUUGCACAUGGUUCUCGGAACCUGUGCAAGUACAAGCGCAUACUUUUAGCAUUUUUGGUCAAUGACUCUUCAAAUUGUUUCACAUUUAUGCUGUGCCAAGUUUGACAGCUAAAUUCAGAUUAACAGGAUAAGGUAUAAGAGCAUGUCUGCAUAAGUCUGGGUGUCACCACUUUUGAAUUCAAGUGUGAUUGUGGAAGAAUUAUUCCAAUGCUAUUUUUGUCCUGAAAGAGCCUGCUGAGCGUCUCCAUGGAUACAGAUGGAAGUGGAUGGAGUUUUGGAUCUGUGGCUAAGUGAACAUGUUUGAGGUGUCAUAAAGUGUGUUGGUUAUGUAAGCAUGUUUUCUUUUGCCCAAAACACUGUCCAUGCACAUACGUAUACUCAAACUGCAAUGUUUUUGACAUUGUCUUUAAUUUCUUUGAUUAUGAAUGCAUUUUAGAACACUAAAGUGACAUCAAAAUAUAUAUAUAUAAAAUGUUUAUGAUACUCCCAACAUAUAAGUAGUACAUUUUAUGUGUGGGGAAAUAACAAUGCUUUUAAAAAAAACAAAUAUAUAUUUGAUAAUGACUGACAAAACAUUUAUAUGCUGUAAAUGAACGUUAAGGGAGUCUAAAAGCCUUUACACAUAAUGGAUUAUUAAACCCACUGGUGUCAUGCUCAGCUGUUGCUUCUUACUGACAAGCAUUCAUAUGUCCUUUAUUUCUGGAAAUCCAUCAGUGUACAGAACUAGCUUUUUCCCCUUAUAAUCUAUAUGUGCUAUAGAGACUCCAGUAACACCAAAAAUUGACUGAAUUGAAUAUAUUUUUUACUCACCCCUUCCACAAAAACUGCUCCUGCUGUGCCUAACCACAACUUGUUCACCAUUUGUUUGUUACCAACCAGUCAGAUUGUUGUUUCUGCUGCUGUUGUGUUUACAUUUAU